AUGGUUAACCUAAUGACGCAAUCAACAAAUUUUUUUGAUAAUCCAUCUUUUAGUAACUUUUACUUUGAAUCUAAUUUUCCAUUGGUUGAACUGAAUUCUGAAAGAGAAAACAUUAAACCGACAAAGGAAAUGAAAACAGCGGUAGUCAAUGCUUUAAAUGAUAAGAGGCCAUACAAAAAAUUAAUUGAAAUAUUCGAUACAUUUGAGAAAAUAGAUCUUUUCAGUCAACAACUAGAAAUCGAAAAAAAUUAUUCAUCAGAGCUUUUUGAUUUAUGGGAAGAUUAUGUUGAAUUUGAUGAAAAGUACUUGAUGUCAAUAAAUGGGGAAGCUGUUAGAAAACCUGAUAUUGAAAAAUGUUUAAAUAAACAUUUAAAGCAGGAUUUUAAAUUAUUAAGGAUCAUUUACCGGAGUAAAUUACUUCCAUUAUAUGAAAUUUUUGGUGAACCGAUUAGCCGCCAAAUUAAAUCAGUUUUAGGAAUAGACAAUCUUCCGAAAAUUCUUAUGACAGGGAUUGUAACUAAAUCUAAUAAAGAAUCAUUUGACGUGAUUGAUAAAACUAUUGUAAGAAUACGGUCCGGUAAUCAUACUGGUUUUUCGCAAUAA